AUGGGAAGAAGGAUUGUAUUUGACGAAUCUGUACCAAACAGUUCAUUAGAAUGGGCUCCACCACUAAGGAUUAUUGCUGUCGUAACUCUGUUUGCCUCAACCCUUGAUUUGAUGGCAGAUUUUCUUCUGUGUGGAAGAAUUGCACAAUUUUUGCCACAUUUUGAAAGUCAAAUCGCAUGUUAUGCCGCCUAUGGAUAUUUUGUGUUUACUGGGUUCUCGGUAAUUGUCUACGUGAUGGAGAUGACCGAUGUUUGUUUGACGUUGAAACAUGACACUGAAAACGUAUUCUUUGCUCGACUAGCUAAAUCUUUAGUUCUUGCUGGUGAGGAGGUGCCACUACCCGGUUUACUGUAUGUUUUAUAUACCAGCGAACCACGGUUGUCGUUGGCAAAUCCAGUCUAUAUUGCUUCCUGGAUUAAACUGGUAGCUCUAACCUGGGGUAUUGUUAAGUUUACAAAACUACGAUUUUUCUGGUUUUGCCUUCCGUUGAAUCCGAAACACGAUACGCGAGAAAAUAUUCGACGAUGUUUUACGUUUACAAUUUAUCGGAUUACAAUGCUUUUUGUCAACAUCUGCCACUUUAUAGCGAUCACCAUUGUCAUUUUAAACAUUCUUGAAGCCGGCAAAAAUAGGUCACAGGUUUCGAAAACCUGGUAA